AUGACUGCCAACUCUGCUCCCGCCGGCAUGGCCAAGCGCACCUACCUCCGCAACGCCCUCAACAAGGGCGAGGCCGGCGUCGGCAUGUGGCUCACGCUCCCCGGCUCGGCUCUGGCCAAGACCGUGGCGACCAUCCCCGGCUUCAACUGGAUCCUCAUUGACGCCGAGCACGGCCAGAUUGUCGACUCGCACUACUACGACCUUUGCCAGCACAUCACUGCUGAGCAGAUCAGCCCCAUCAUCCGCAUCCCCGGCGACGAGCCUUGGAUGAUCAAGCGUGCCCUUGACUCUGGAGCCCACGGCCUCAUGACCCCCAUGUGCCACAACGCCGAGAUCGCCAAGCGCGUGGUUCAGACCAGCAAGUUUGCCCCUGUCGGCACUCGUGGCUGCGGCUCGCCCUUCACCCACCAGAUCUUUGGUGUCGCCGAGGGCGACUACGAGGUCACUUGCGACGACAACCUGCUUGUCAUUGUCCAGAUCGAGUCGUCCCAGGGCCUCCUGAACGUCAAGGAGAUUGCCGAGGUGCCCGGUGUCGACGUCCUGUUCGUUGGCCCCUUUGACCUCGCCAAGUCGAUGAACAUCAAGUUUGGCUCCGAGGAGCACGAGGCUGGCAUUGCCAAGGUUCUUGCCGAGACCCACGCCGCUGGCAAGAAGGCCGCCAUCUUCUGCAUGACCGGUGCCCAGGGCAAGAAGCGCCUCGACCAGGGCUUCGACAUGGUCUCCAUUGCUACCGACACCGACUCUAUCAUUGCCGAGUUCUCCCGUCAGAUCGCUGCUGUCCAGGGUGCCUAG